GUUCUCUGCUGGACGCUCUCUGGGCAUUUCUGCCAUUGAGGUGGCAACAGCCUUGCUUCUGGAGGAACAGUACGGCUGGACGCCAGAGAAAAUCGGCUAUGCCCUGGGGCUUGUUUUUGCCCUGACAGCUUCCACAGGUCUUCUUGUGGCCUUGGUGCGGAACAGGCUGCUGUCUGAGUACGUGUUGAUGCUAACUCUGUCUUUCUUCAGCGUUGUGGGCUCUUCCCUUUUCUUCGACUUUGGAGCAACGAAGGGCAAGCAGCACAGCUCGCCCAUGCUGCUGAUGACUGCGGACAUGCUGGUGUACGCGUGUAUGUUUCAGCUCACCGCCUUCAUGGAGGGCAUCGCGACGCAAGCUGCAGUGCCA